AUGAGCUCGCAGAAGCCAAACUUCCUGGCACAGCCGGUCGUCAAGAACAUUUUCAUGUUCCGGAACGGUGAUCCGUAUUAUGAGGCGCGUCGGAUAGUGAUAAACCAAAAGAGGGUGUCCAACUUUGAGACUUUGCUGAGAGAGGUGACCGGCGGGAUACAAGCCCCGUUUGGAGCGGUGAGAAACAUCUACACACCGAGAGGAGGCCACAAGGUGGACUGUUUGGAGAGCCUGCGGAGCGGGGAGCAGUACGUCGCCGCUGGGAGGGAGAGAUUCAAAAAGCUGGAUUACCUAACGAUUGGCUCCAGGAAGAGAAGGAUGCUGCAGAGUCUUCCAGUGCAGGCCAAACCACUGCCACAGAAUCGAAUUAUUGUGUCAGCUCGAUUCCUGAAACCCAUCAAGGAGCCAUGUACAAUAUUUGUGGUAGCAAAUGGCGAUGUCUUAAACCCCGCAAUGAGGCUGUUGAUCCACCAGAGGAUGCUGGGCCAGUUUGAGAGAAUACUAGAGAUGAUCACAGAGAAGAUGGGUUUGAGAGUCCUGGGGGGUGUUCGAAGUCUCUGCACAUAUGAAGGCCACCAGGUGACGGAUGGGAAUCAGCUGGAGAGCGGUCAGCUUUAUGUGGCUGUGGGAAGAGAAAAGUUUAAGAAGCUGUCCUACAGUGACCUACUCUUCGCUAAACCAAGAGGGACAAGGAGGGUCAAUGGAAUGAAAGCUUACUCUCUUCCACCUAUCUACAGAUAUUCCAAGCAAAAUGGAAAUAUUAAGUCCACAGUUCAGUGCAGUGAUAGCGGCGAUCGAGACUCCAAGGCCUACCUUCCCAGCCACAACAGAAACCACAAGGAACACCUGUCCUCCAUUGUCAGAGAAAUCUCUCAGGCCAGACUCAUCUCCCUCAGGAAGAAGAGGAGCGGGCAAGGAAUGACCUUCAGCAUCUCUGACAAUGAUGACCAGGAAUCAAAGGCUGAUGAUGGAAACAGUGACAACAAAACCCAUGAAGACCAGCCAGCUGAAGAGAAACCUGCAGAUGAUGAUGCAAAAGCCACAGAGGCAAAUGGUGAAAAGGCAGGAGAGCAGGAGGAGGCUACUGCUGAAAACACCACAGAAGAAGACACUUCCACCUGCAAAGAAGAGAAGGAGGAAAAGCAGGACACAACCGGUGAAAAAGAGGGAGGGGAAGAGAAGAAGGAAAAUGAAGAGCCAAGUAAUGAAAAAGAGAAUGAGGCAACAGCAGGACCUGAGGAGAAAGAGGAGGUGGUAAAAGAAGAAGUGAAGGAGGAGGUCAUGGAUGAGAGUAAGGAGGAAGUUAAGAGUGAGGAGCAGGAGUCCAGCAGUAGCAACAUUGAUAAGAGCCAGGACAAUAAAGAGCAAGAGGAUGGAAGCCAUACAUUUUCUGAGAGUGAAAAGGAUGAACAGGGUGAAAAUACAGAAGAAGAGAAGCAAGAUAAAGACAGUGGAAAGGGGGAGAAAAACAGUGAAGACCAAAAUAACGAUGUAGACUCAAAGGAGGAACAGAAAGAGACAGAAAACAGCAAUGAGCCAGAGAAGACUCAGUCAGAUAACGAGACAAAAGACAAUGAUAACAGCAGAUGUAAUAGUAGCAACAGUAACCAGGAGGAAGAUAUGAGCAAAACAAAAGAGGGAGCUCCCAAAGAGUCAGGGGAAGAGGAGAGAAAGGUGAAUGGAGAGGUCAGUGGAGAAGAUGAUGAGGUGGAAUGUGAAGCAGAGCUGGACAUGAAGGAGAAAAAUUCAGCCAGUCGCAAAGAUACCACAGCAAGUGGAAAGAAAGGGGAGGAGGCUGAUAAAGAGAAUCAAGAUAACAGCAAGAAAGAGAAGGAUUAGGAAAGAAAGACAAAAUGUCAAAGAUAUUGGAUGAGCAGUACUAAAAACAGGAAGCAAUACUUAUUUACAAUACAAUGUAAAAAUACAGAAGGUGGCAGAGCAGAUUCACAGAAAGCAAACAACACUUGAUUGCACUCAGAGAUAUUUACUAGAUGGCCUUAUAGAAGUUGCACUGAAAAAAAAUCAUUACACAAGCAAGCAAGUAAUUUGCCAAGCAAGUCAGAGAAUCUUUGAAUGGUUGACUGCUAAAUGAUGCUAAGUACAAAAACAUCAAAAUUUCGGGUUUAUAUUCAAACGCUAUUCAUCAAAACAUUAUCCAUGUCUAAGAG